AUGGGGGACUAUGCUGAGGCAGAGGGUAUCGCCCUGAAACGCUUAGCAGAGGAACGGAAAGCAUGGCGAAAAGACCAUCCCUUUACAUUGUGGGAGGGAGGAUUGUUCAGUCUUAGAAUGUAUUUCAAGCCAGAAUAUCCAACAACACCACCCAAAUGCAAGUUUGAGCCACCAUUGUUCCAUCCCAAUGUAUUUCCGUCUGGUACCGUAUGUCUCUCCCUCUUGGAUGAAGAAAAGCACUGGAGACCAGCAGUUACAAUCAAACAGAUUCUCUUAGGUAUUCAAGAUUUAUUAGAUCAUCCAAAUCCUAAAGAUCCUGCUCAAGCUGAUGCUUAUACGUUAUAUAUACAAAACAGAAAGGAAUACGAUACACGAGUUAAAAAGCAGGCCGAGUCUUUUCGAAACCCCAACUUGUAA